AUGCAAUUCGUCGACCGCAUUUUGGAACUUUGUGCUACCGAUGAUACCAAACAUAAGGCCAAACACAAUUAUACCAUUGUUCCCAUUACCAAGGUAACUGCCAUGGUUUCACUAGAUGUCACUGGCAUAAUCGCACUUGGAACCGAUUUCGAAAUCAUCGUUGGCAAGAAUCACGAAAUUGUUGAGGCACAUGAGAUGCUAUUCUCUAACAGCAAGGAUAAAAGAUUGCUAUUCUUGCUGUAUAACAUUGCUCCACAAUGGGUUCUCGAUCUACUACGCAUUCCUGUUGCGAACAAGAUGGACCACGCACAUAAUAUUCUGGCCAACAUUUGUCGGCAGAUUCUUCGAGAACGCAAUCUUGGUCGAUCCAACCUUUCUGACGAAACAAACGCCAUUGCACAGCUCGUUGUCAUUGUAGGUGGCGGAUACGAAAGCAUUGGCAGCACUCUCGCCUGGGUAGUAUACUGUCUUGCUCGCCAUCCAGAAGCUCAAGAGGAUCUACGGAAAGAACUGGCUGAAUUCUGUGAUAGCCUAGGGAAUCUAAAAGCAGACGCUGAGUAUGAUAAAUUACCAGUGCUGAAUGCAGUGGUAAUGGAAGCAACCCGGCUUUAUCCCGCAUUCACACUGUUAUUUCGGAAGGCCAUUCGCGAUACAAUGAUUGGAGAGCAGCCUAUACGAAAAGGGACCUUUGUUGGGAUGUGUCCCCGAGCCAUCAACUAUGCUCAUCACCUCUGGGGUCCUGAUGCAGCAAAGUUUAUUCCAGGAUGA